ACCUAGUCAAGAUUAGGAUAAACUAAUGUGCAUCCUCCAGCUGCAAUUGGCAGAAAACAAAUAUGUAUUUUGAUGGUGGAAAACCAAGAAAAACGCGUUAUACUUUCAAAGUAGACUUCCUUGUAAACAAGCUGGCACUAGCCUAUCACCCCACCCUCAUCUUCAAUAAUCAAAUACUACUAAAGUCAGAAAGAAAAAUCCUUCCCUACUCUUUUUCUUGCAUCUAUAAAUAGCAAACCUUCUCAAGAAAUAAACCAAGAUUGAAAAAAGAAAAAAUCAGCUUCCAGAUCAAGUUUGAGCAACUGUUGAAGCAAGAGAAAAUAAGGAACAGCUUGCUUUUUGCUGAUAACCAAAAUGACAAUGUUGCUCAGGACAUUGGUGAUUGCAGCUGCUGUAGCAGCAGCAUUUGUUGACACGGCCAUGGCCGCGAAUUAUGUGGUGGGAGCGCCAACUGGUGGAUGGGAUCUCAAUACACAAUUGCAAUCAUGGGCAAACGCUAAAAAAUUCUUCGUUGGAGACACUCUGAAUUUUGUGUAUGGACCAAGCCAUAGUCUGCUUCAAGUUUCAAAGCCAGAUUAUGAUGCCUGCCUGACGAAUGCCUCCAUAGCAUCUUACUCUGGAGGGAACACUGCUAUAACCCUUUCUUCCUCAGGAAACAGCUACUACAUUUGUGGAACAUCUGGACAUUGUGACAGAGGAAUGAAAGUGGUUAUCAGUGUACUUCCUGCACCUGCGCCCCCAACAGCCGCUCCAUCGGUUCCUCCUCCAGCAGCCACUCCAUCCUCCCCAACACCAGCAACUCCUUCAGGUUCCCCAACUUCAAGUCCUACAGGUUCGCCUGCUGCAUCUCCACCCAAACCUGCAGCUCCAGCCAACUCUCCAAAACUGUCUCCUUCAGUGUCACCCUCCAAGUCACCUGCAAGCAGUCCAUCCAAGUCACCAGCCAUCAGUCCUGCAUCAUCACCUCCUCCCAGUCCCACUCCUGCUGCUGAAUCCCCGGCAGCAAGUCCACCAUCUCCUAACGCAACUUCACCAUCUGGUUCUCCCCCACCAUCUUCAGCUAACAAAGUCAAUGUGGUAUCUUUCACAAUGACAGUGGGCUUCAUCAUCAUGAUGCUACUGACUCUCUGAAGAUUCUGACCAGAUUUUCAUGCGGAAUUUUUGUUACCGCUGAUUUCUCUCCAUUGAUGUCUAAAAUUCUCUUGUAUCGCUUAUUCUUUGAUAUUUGAUCUAUCUGGUACAUUUAAAAGAUUGCGUUCCUGGUGUAAAAUUUUGCUCCUAAUAUAUAUGGAUAUGUGAAAGAUAUUCUGUGAGUUCUCCUGCUAUAAAUGUAUUUCAGAUUCUUCAUCUACCGGGUGCAAUAGAAGGAUCCUGUU